AUGCCUCGCAGCCAGACUCAGAAGCAGGGUCCGAAAGACCGCUCGACGCAGAAAUCAGCGCCGAAGCGGAAAAGCACUCGGUCGCUAAAUGCACUGUCUAUUGCAGAGAAAACAAUUCACACUAGAUUGGGUGUUAAACGCAGUCGUCUUGGUGCCUACGAUGAUGGUACCUUCAACCGCAGGAGAAACACCGGCGGCGAUGCCGACGACAACGACGAGGAGGAUACCGCCGCCCAAUACAAACGCCGCAGAACCGAGGACACCGGAAGCCUUGAUGGUGGCAGUGACAGUGAAGGACACGAAUGGACUCUCGGACAAGUGAAUAGCGAUAACGACAGCGAAUUGGACAGCGACGAAGCUCUCGGUGAGAGCGACGAAGAGCGAUUCGAGGGCUUCACUUUCCGCGCAUCCAAGUCUAAAUCUCACCCGAAGAAAGCGGCACCCAAGCCAAAGAAGCCUACGGAGAUCAGCUUGUCUGAAGAUGUCGACGAGGAGGAUGAGGAAUCUGACGGUGACGACUACGACGAGGAGGAUGAUCUGGGAGAAGACGCCGUUGACCUCGCGACAGCCUGGGAUAUGAAUGCAGCGGCCGAGGAGGAAGAGGCCCAGGAAGCAGCUGCGAAAUCCAAGCGGGCUGCGAAAUAUGAUAGCGACGAGGAUUCCGGGUCAGAGGGGGACAGUGAAAGCGAUGACAGUGACGAUGGGCUUUCUAUCUCGGACGACGAUGCUGAUGUGGAUCCGCACGGACUUUCAAAGUUACAAGACUUUGUCCAGUCUAUGGAGACCGAGAAACCUACGAAACGUACCCAAAAAUCACAGGAACAGGGCAAGCCCUCGGAAUACGGCUUGACGACCGCCAACAAAUUGACUGUCGCCGAUCUCCUACCCUCAAUCACGGACUCUCGCCUCAAGAACUCGCUCAAACAUAUCGACUCUGUUGUCCAGGCAUCAAAAUCGGGCAUUCCGGGCAAGCUAGAUGCUCCUCUAGCGAAACGCCAACAGGACCGACUUGACCGGGCUGCUGCCUAUGAGAAGAGCAAGGAGACUUUGAACCGAUGGCUCGAAACCGUCAAAGCCAACCGCAGAGCCGAACAUCUUUCUUUCCCGCUACGUGAUCCUGAUGCUGAGCAGACUCACCGCUUAGAAGCUGCCAAGCCCCAGACAGACCUCGAAAACGUCAUCCAGAACAUCCUUGUGGAGAGUGGGCUGGCUGAGGCUGAAGGAAAAUCAGCCGAGGACCAGAUUCAGAGUUUCGAAGAAUUACAGGCCCGCAAUCUUCCUAUUGAGGAGAUCCAGGCUCGGCGCGCAGAACUCCGCAAGCGACGUGACCUGCUUUUCCGAGAGGAAGUGCGCGCCAAGCGCAUCAAGAAGAUCAAGAGCAAGUCUUAUCGCCGUGUUCACCGGAAAGAGCGCGAAAAGAUAGAGCAACAAGAGCACAAUGCACUCUUGGAAGCCGGUGUAGAUAUGGACGACAUGGACCAGGAGAAGAACGAGCGUAUGAGAGCCGAGGCUCGUAUGGGCUCCAAGCAUCGUGAAAGCAAAUGGGCCAAGGGCUUGAAACAGACCGGUCGCACUGCCUGGGACGAAGAGGCCCGCAACAGUGCAGCCGACUUGGCCCAAAGAGAAGAGGAGCUACGGAAGAGAAUCGAAGGUAAGCGUGUUUCUAAUGGAGACGAUGACUACUUGGGCUCUUCAAGCUCCGAGUCAGAAGAUGAGGACCCUUGGAACGAGGAGGCUUCCGAUGUGGAAAGACAGAAGAUCCAAAAGAAGCUCAAGGCCCUCGAGGGCAGUGAUGAUGCUGGUGAUGGCAUGAAGGGGCGCCAUGCCGACCUUUUCGAAAUGAAAUUUAUGAAAAAUGCCGAUGCCGCCCGCAAAGAACAGAAUGAUGCGGAGCUUCGCCAACUCAAUCGUGAACUCCGCGGAGAGGAGUCUGCGUCUGAGGCAGAGUCUGAGAUCGGUCGACGAAAGUUCGGUCAAUCAAAGAAGACCGACCCCAAAUCUCGCGCAAAGCAGUUGCCCAAGAAUGAAUUUGAGGAGAAGCUAGAUUCAGAUGAUGAAGCUGCACAGGCUGCAGGAGCAGACGACGAUGUUGACAUUGUUAUGGACGGCACCACCAAGCACAAGUCAGGAGCUUCUGGCAACAAGAAGGUUUCACAAUCCUCACGACACUCUCCCGAUCGGCAAAAGGAUACGCCAGGAGAGGAGGAGAACCCUUGGCUGAUUCAGACCGAACGGACCAACCGUCGCCGAACCGGCCCAGAUGCCCAAGAGAGCAUUGACAUUUCACUUGAUGCUACCCAGCCCGAGGUUAUUCCAGUGGAGCAACAGAGCAAGAAGCAAAAGAAAACCAAGGCAACCCUCGCGAAACAGCAAUUCGAUGAGAAUGACAGCGAUGAUGAGGAGAAGGUGCCCGUCUUGCUUAAGAACCACGACCUCGUGAAGAGAGCUUUUGCCGGCGAUGAAGUUGUCCAGGAAUUCGAACAAGACAAGAUGGACACCAUUAAAGAUGAAGGUGACCAGGUGGUGGACAAUACACUUCUGGGCUGGGGCAGCUGGGCCGGCGAAGGCGUCAGCAAGAGACAACAAAGGAAGCAGAAGCGAGACCUCACUACUGUGGCCGGUCUGAAGCCUCAGCAGCGCAAGGACGCCAAGCUUGAUCGAGUCAUUAUCAACCAGAAGCGAGUCCAGAAGAACAAGAAGUACAUGGCAAGCCAAUUGCCGCAUGAGUUCGAGACCAAGCAGCAAUACGAACGGUCCCUGCGGCUGCCUUUAGGUCCCGAAUGGUCUACGAAAGAAACCUUCCAGAGUGGCACCAAGCCUCGUGUCAUGAUCAAGCAGGGCGUCAUCAAGCCCAUGUCAAAGCCGAUGCAAUGA